UCUGUCGCCCCCUGUGGACAACCGCCGGAGUUACAGUCUGUUCAUCAUCACUGAUCGCCGUAGCCUCCUCUUCUACAGUGUGUGCGCGAUAAAACGCCAGCCAACAACAAAAAAAAAGGACAUAAAAAUGGCAUUUACUUCCCAAGGAACAAAGAAAAAAGUUUGCUAUUACUAUGAUGGUGAUGUUGGGAAUUAUUACUACGGUCAGGGCCAUCCCAUGAAGCCCCACCGCAUCCGCAUGACACACAACCUACUGCUCAACUAUGGCCUCUACAGAAAGAUGGAGAUAUACCGUCCGCACAAAGCCAGCGGAGAAGAGAUGACCAAGUAUCACAGCGAUGAUUAUAUCAAGUUCUUGCGCUCCAUCAGACCAGACAACAUGUCAGAAUACAGCAAACAAAUGCAGAGAUUUAAUGUGGGAGAGGACUGUCCAGUGUUUGAUGGUUUAUUUGAGUUUUGCCAACUCUCAGCUGGAGGCUCAGUUGCCGGCGCAGUGAAGUUGAACAAGCAGCAGACAGACAUCGCGAUCAACUGGGCCGGAGGUCUGCAUCACGCCAAGAAGUCCGAGGCCUCCGGGUUCUGCUACGUCAACGACAUCGUCCUGGCUAUUCUGGAGCUGUUGAAGUACCACCAGAGAGUUCUUUACAUUGAUAUUGACAUCCAUCAUGGAGAUGGUGUGGAGGAGGCGUUCUACACCACUGAUCGUGUCAUGACUGUGUCUUUCCACAAGUAUGGGGAGUACUUCCCUGGCACCGGUGAUCUWAGGGACAUCGGUGCUGGCAAAGGCAAAUAUUAUGCUGUGAAUUAUCCGCUGAGGGAUGGGAUUGAUGACGAGUCUUAUGAAGCCAUAUUUAAACCGAUCAUGGCCAAAGUGAUGGAGAUGUAUCAGCCCAGUGCGGUGGUCCUCCAGUGUGGAGCUGAUUCUCUGUCGGGGGACAGGCUCGGUUGCUUUAACCUCACCAUCAAAGGCCAUGCCAAAUGUGUGGAGUACAUAAAGGGCUUCAACCUGCCGCUGCUGAUGCUGGGCGGAGGCGGUUACACCAUCCGCAACGUGGCGCGCUGCUGGACGUUCGAGACCGCUGUGGCCCUGGAUUGCUCCAUCCCUAACGAGCUGCCUUACAAUGACUAUUUCGAGUACUUUGGACCAGACUUCAAGUUGCACAUCAGUCCCUCCAACAUGACGAACCAGAACACGAAUGACUACCUGGAGAAGAUCAAGCAGCGCUUGUUUGAGAACUUGCGAAUGCUGCCUCACGCCCCUGGUGUCCAGAUGCAGGCCAUCCCAGAAGAUGCCAUGCAGGAGGACAGCGGAGACGAGGAGGAAGAUCCCAACAAGCGCAUAUCUAUUCGCGCUCAAGACAAAAGGAUAGCGUGUGAGGAAGAGUUCUCCGACUCCGAGGAUGAAGGCGAAGGAGGCCGCAGGAACACAGCCAGCUACAAGAAAGCCAAGCGAGCCAAAACUGACGGAGAGAAGGAGGGAGAAGAGAAGAAGAAAGGUGAGGAGGAAAUAAAAGACAUUAAAGAAGAGGAGAAGGUGCCAGAGGAGGAGAAAAUGGACACGUCAAAGCCAAAAGAGGAAACCAAGACAUCUUGAGGUUCUCAGCACCGAGUGACACCAAUUAAACCGGAUCACCGCUGAUAUUAAAGAGUUUUUUUUUUUUUCCUUAAAUAAGUUUUGGACUGCUGCAGUGGAAACCAGUGAAGGACUGUUCCUUUUUCAAACCUCCUCUGAAUGGGAUGGAGAUACAAAUGUUUUGUUUUUUUAAGAACACCUUUGUAACUUUUUCAGGUUGUUUUUUUUUGGAACACAAGUUUAUUUUUUGAGUCUUGGUUUUGUCAAACAAAAAAAGAAGUUAAUCCUUUAAUGCUAAAGUAUUCGCUCUGUCCUUGUGAACAACUCUGUGAAAAAUGGCUUAGCUUGUGUGUUUUUUUAUAUAUAAAUAUAUCUGGAUUUUAUUUAAGUCAGAUAUUUUUUGGUACCUUUUUUUUUUUCACUCCCACUUUUGUUUUGUGCCUUUUCCAGAUGUAGUUGAAUGAUGUAGAAAUAACCAAUGCUUUUUUUUGGUAAAAUUUCUGCUUAAACUUAUCUUUUUACAUGGCACAUUGUAAACAAACUGCUUUUUUUAAUACAUAAAAUUUAGGUUACAAUUCAGUAUCCAUUUCAAAAGGGGGGGACAUUUUUUGGGGCAAAUUUCUAGAACUCUUGCCUAUAGUUUCCCAAAUGUUUCUUCGAACAGAUCCCUGGUGUUGGGCUUUGCGUCCUCGUAAGGGGCAAAGCAAAUGUUAAAAUAUUCAUUGUAUAUAUUUAUAUAUUUGUAUUCUGAAAACAUUUAGUAAACGUGUUCCACUUAA